AUGGCUGAGCAGACUACUCAGAAAAAUGAAAUGAAGAUAACACAUCAACAGUUUAAAAAGUCCUUUGGGAAAAGAUAUGAUCAGUUAUACUGUCCAAAGUGUGGAAGUCAAAGUAUGAAUCUGGAGGCAAUUACCUAUUCCACACCGUUUGUAAAAUGCAAUCAAUGCCAGCACUUCUUUUUGAUGGUGGGGUCAAAAAAAUCUCCUGAAAGCAGCUACAAAGAAGUAGAGCUGUGGCAUACGGCCGCUAAAAGUGACUGUCAAGUGAAUCUACCAACACCAAAAGAAUUCCAUAGAUUUUUGGAUCAGUAUGUUAUUGGUCAACAGCAAGCUAAAAAAGUUCUCUCAGUGGCUGUCUACAAUCACUAUAAACGACUUAACAACAAUAUUUCACCUAAUGUCACACAGCACACUGCGGUUUAUGGUGAUAGUUACUCCAACUCUUCCAAAGAGAUGUCCCAAGGAUCUGAUCCAAGUAUCCUGCCGACUAUGCCAAAUUGUUGUGGUAUCUUUGAUGAAUGGACCACAGGAGACUCAGAACUGCUUCAGUUAACAAGAUUGAUUCCACCUUCACCUUAUUUAUCGCAACAGUCAUUACCAAAGAGAAGCUUCCGAAAGAAUUUUCGCUCUGAUGAUGACACUGCUCAUCUAGACAAAAGUAAUAUAAUUCUGCUUGGACCAACAGGCUCAGGGAAAACGUUGUUGGCCCAGACACUGGCCAAGUGCUUGGAUGUACCAUUUGCUAUCUGUGAUUGUACAUGUCUAACGCAAGCAGGAUAUGUUGGUGAAGACAUUGAAUCGGUCAUUGCUAAGCUACUGCAAAAUGCAAACUUCAAUGUUGCAAGAGCUCAACAAGGAAUUGUGUUUCUUGAUGAAGUGGAUAAGAUUGGAGCAGUUCCAGGAAUACACCAGCUUCGUGACGUAGGUGGAGAAGGUGUGCAGCAAGGUUUGUUGAAAAUCAUGGAGGGAACAAUAGUAAAUGUCCCAGAACGGAGCUCGAGAAGAUAUCGUAUAGAUACUAUUCCGGUGGACACCACCAACAUUCUCUUUGUAGGUUCAGGAGCUUUUAAUGGACUGGACAGAGUAAUCAGCAGGAGGAAAAAUGAAAAGUACUUAGGAUUUGGUGUAACGUCGAGCCUGGGCACUGGUCGUCGAGCGGUAACAGCAGCUGGCCUGGCUAAUUCCUCUGGAGUGAAUACACAUGAAGAGUCCCAAGAGAAAGACAAGUUGCUUUGUAGUGUGGAGGCUAGGGACCUGAUAGAAUAUGGAAUGAUUCCAGAAUUUGUAGGAAGAUUUCCUGUGGUUCUCGCACUACAUAGUUUAAAUGAGGACAUGUUAGUUCGUAUUUUGACAGAGCCACAAAAUUCAAUAUUAACUCAGUACAAGAUGCUGUUUGGUAUGGAUAAGUGUCAUUUCUCCAUUACGGAUGCAGCUCUGCAUGCUAUUGCAUAUAAAGCGAUUGAAAGGAAGACAGGGGCCAGAGGACUGAGAUCAAUCAUGGAACAAUUACUGCUGGAACCUAUGUAUGAGAUUCCUAAUUCAGGUAUCAUUGGCUUUCAUGUAGAUAAGGAUGUUGUUGAUGGUAAGAAGGGUCCACAGUAUGUUAGGUAA